AUGUUGGUUGAAUUCGGAAUAAUUUUCUUAACUCUGAUCCUAACGCAUUUUCUUCUCCGUAAAUUUGUUCGAAGACUUAUCCUUGCCCAAAGUUUUCCGGGUCCUCCAGCGUUACCAUUCAUUGGUAAUGCACAUUUGUUUUUUGGAAAGCCACCAGAGCAAUAUAUCUUAACCUUUGAAGAGAUAGUUAAGAAAUACGGGAAUAUUAUCAGAAUAUGGCUCGGUCCAGAACUGAAUCUUUUGGUGUCGGACCCGAGUUUCAUCGAGACGAUCCUGGGGACGAAUCUACUAAUGGAUAAGGCAGGAGAAUAUCAGGUGUUGGAUCCGUGGUUGAAAGAGGGGCUGUUGGUCAGCUCAGGAGAAAAAUGGUUCAAACGUCGGAAGAUCAUCACCCCAGCGUUUCAUUUUAAGAUUUUAGAGCAAUUCCUUGAAAUUUUCGAUGCGCAAAGUUCCUCGCUGGUGCGGAUAUUGAAUGACCUUAAGGACAAAGAUAAUGUGGUGCUUCAUGAAUACGUCGGAAUGUGUGCUUUGGAUAUUUUGUGUGAUAUAGGAUUGAAGAAAGUGGUCUCCGUAAACACUCUUUUCAAAGGCAACUACUAUCAAAUCCUUCAUUUCUCAUAUGUCAAUCUCUGCAUAGAAGUCGUCUGUAAAAUCGGAGGAUGUUAG